AUGUCGAGGGCUCUGGCGAGAAUUACCGCCAAUAUUGGUAGUCCUGGCGAGCGGCGUAGGAAAAUGUACGCCACAGUCGUAAUGUCGAUGGUGUUAUACGGGGCCCCAAUUUGGGCGCAAACAGUGGCGAGAGAUCGUGUGAUGGUGGGUAGCGUGCGUAAGUUGCAGCGGCAGCUUGCCCUGAGAGUGAUCAGGGGCUACCGAACUAUCUCGCAUGAUGCGGCGGCCAUCAUUUCGGGGAUGGUCCCGUUUGAUCUAGUGGCGGACCGUAUUAGACGGUCUUAUCUUCGCAGACGGGAUAUCCUCGCCCGGGAUGGCGUGGUUACCCCGCAAGUGGGGGGGAUGCUGCUGGAGGUCGAGCGACGUCGCUCGAUCGAGCGGUGGCAGAGGCGACUUAGCGAGUUGCCUCCGAGCGGACCGGGCGCAAUCGUGCGAGGCGCCAUCGGGGAGGACCUGGAGACGGCGACGAGCGAUACGGCGGCGCACACCCAUCUGUUCUGCCCGUCCUGGGCGGAGCAGAGGGAGGGGCUGCUGGCGGUCGUGGGGAUCGAUAGGACAUUUCGGGCGGUGGUGAGGGCUAUCAUGCGCUCUCCCGAGGCAUGGCAUGUCUUCGCGGAGUUCUGCGAGACGGUGAUGCGGAGAAAGGAGGAGGACGAGCGCGCCCGGGAGCGGGGACUUGUCCCGCGUGUGGGGGUGCUGGCCCUAUCUCCGAACGAAGAGGACUCUGACUCUGGUUAG